UCUGGUACGUUUGUGAGUUGACAACAUGUCGUGUGUAGUUGACCAGUUGUAAAAGACUGGUCUGGGAUGUGUUGAUGGUGUCUAAACUCUUUACUGAUUGGAACUUGCAUAUAAUUUAACUUUUUAAUAGACGUUAGGAGUUUGUAUAAAUAUUGGGAUUUCAUGUAGCUAUGACGUCUAUGCUUCCGUUUACACCUCCGAUCGUAAAACGACUUUUGGGGUGGAAGAAAGGUGAAGGGGAGGAUAAGUGGAGUGAAAAGGCUGUAAAAAGUUUAGUGAAGAAACUGAAAAAAACCGGUGGUCUAGACGAAUUAGAAAAAGCGAUUACAACACAGGACCCUACUACUAAGUGCAUUACAAUACCAAGUUUACGUGCUGAGCGGUCUCGGGUGACGCCUGGGGGGGCGCUAGUGCAGGAACCUACGACCCACGGCAGCAGGUCUCUGGACGGAAGGCUACAGGUGUCGCACCGCAAAGGCCUUCCCCACGUCAUCUAUUGCCGUUUGUGGCGCUGGCCUGAACUGCAGUCUCAUCACGAACUUAGGGCAUUAGACAAUUGCGAGUUUGCUUUCAACCUUAAACGGGACGAAGUCUGUGUCAAUCCAUACCAUUAUCAACGUAUAGAAACACCAGCAUUACCAGCAAUCCUAGUUCCACGCCACACAACAGCAAGUGAGGAUUGUCAGUCAUCCUUGUUUCCUUCUGCUGGAAGUGGCGGAGAGUUGAGCAGUUCGGUGCCAGAGAACACGCAGUUUCCGAGCCCUGUCGGCGGUGGGGGCACUGGUUCAAAUAAUUUAAGCACUCUGCUGCAGCACUCUCCCAUCACAAGCCCAACCCUGGAGCCCCCCCGGCCCCUUCCAACUACUGAGACGCCCCCUCCAGGGUACAUGUCCGAGGAUGGAGACAAUGUUGACCACAAUGAUAAUAUGAGUAUGUCACGUCUCACUCCAAGUCCUCCCAUUGAUGCACAGCCUGUUAUGUAUUGUGAACCAGCAUUCUGGUGUUCCAUCAGUUAUUAUGAACUCAAUACUAGGGUGGGAGAAACGUUUCAUGCUUCUCAGCCUUCUAUUACAGUUGAUGGCUUCACAGAUCCAAGCAAUUCAGAACGGUUUUGCUUGGGCCUUCUGUCAAAUGUGAAUCGCAAUACAGUGGUAGAACAAACAAGGCGGCACAUUGGGAAGGGUGUACGUCUGUAUUACAUUGGUGGAGAAGUGUUUGCUGAGUGUCUCAGUGAUUCUUCAAUAUUUGUCCAGUCGCCCAACUGCAACCAGCGUUAUGGUUGGCAUCCAGCAACCGUAUGCAAGAUACCACCAGGCUGUAAUUUGAAAAUCUUCAACAAUCAGGAGUUUGCAGCUUUGCUGUCACAGUCUGUCAGUCAAGGAUUUGAAGCUGUAUAUCAGCUUACAAGAAUGUGUACCAUUCGAAUGAGUUUUGUGAAGGGCUGGGGUGCCGAGUACAGGAGGCAAACAGUGACUUCAACUCCUUGCUGGAUUGAGCUGCACUUGAAUGGCCCUCUUCAGUGGUUGGACAGAGUCCUGACACAGAUGGGAUCACCACGAUUACCGUGUAGCUCAAUGUCGUGAACCAGACCUCGAGAAGCUUCGAGAAUUAUUAGCUGCUGCUAGUUGUAGCUGUCACCAGAAAUCUGGCUUAACCAGUGCCACCUGAAGAAAUAUUUUGUACAACAGAACUGAAGGAGAAAUUUUAUCUGGUGCAGAACCUUGCAAAUGCAUCUGCGUCUGUCUACGGACAUAAUCGAGUAGUGGGUUAUCAGAUGCAGGAGUGUACAUAGAAUCUUUAAAGAAAGAUUUGUAGAGAUAAAACACAUACUGAAUUGAAGGAAUAUUUUAUAGUGUUGACAGUAUGAGGGGAAAUUAAUUUUCCACUUAACUUUCUGUUGGAGGGACUGACUUUUGCAUCAGCUGCUCCACUCUUUUUGUCAUUGUGGAAUAACAGAAAGGGAAUGGUGGUGAGUGGCGGACAGAUUUGCUAACAACUUGAUCAGUUGACAAAGUAGGAAACUGAGAGAGUAGGAUUUCUGUACAAAUAGUGAUAAUUUAUUUUUAAAAUCUCAUAUGUGUUUGUUAUUACAAUUUACAAAGUACUGCUCUGCUUCUUACUGUAAGUCACAUAAUAAUUCUAUGUUGAACCUUAGGUUAAGAUAUUAAUACAUAAAAUCCCAUGACCAUUCUGUCGUCUGGCCGUUUGUCAGGUGGGAUUAGAAUGCUUUGUGUAUGUGGCAGAUGUUAUUUCUAAAUUGCUCGUUGUCUCUCUGGCUUUCAGUUGUUUCUCUGUUCACGCGUUAAUAUUCUUUCUUUUAUUGUGCUUCUCUGUUCUUUUAGAUGAAAAGGUAAAAUCAUUGCAGAAUGUUACAAUGAUAUUUAAUGAUAAAGGAUCAGCGAUAGCUUCGGAACCAGUAGGAAGUGCUAUUUGUAGAGGCCAAUACAAAAAUGGAAUGAAGUUGUGGCGACAUUUUACAGAUACGACCUGUUGCCUGUUUUACACAGUAUGAACAGUUCCAGACCUGUGUAGCUGCUUUUUUUUUUAAAUGAAAUGUGUUUAGUAUUUUGUCCUUAAUGUGUGAUUUACAAAUUUUUAUUUUUCCUUGUCUGUAAUUUUUUUAAUCUACUGAGUUAUUUUAGAUAUUUUUACAUCCACUGUCGCUGUUACAUAUUUUCAUUUGAGUUAUAUACAUCGUGCUGUAUUGAGAAUGAGUGUACGUAACACACAUACAUUUAAUUUCUAUGCUCAAGUGCCUGUCAUGUACAGGUUUCUUCAUAGGAAGAGAUAUUUCACAAAUAAAAAGAGGAAAGGAAAUACUUCCUUUGUGUGCUCUUGAAGUUACAGCUUUCAGUAGUU